CAGUUAAGAUCAUCGAUUCUGACGGCACAGUCAAGCCGGCAAGACUAAGCGUGAGGGAGGCUAUGGAACGUCCUAACGGUAGGAGGAUCGUGCUCAGGUUCAACAGUGCAAAGCAAGCAAUUGGAGACGAAGCUGGACUGUUGAAUGGCGUGCUUGGUCUGUUGGGAUCUGAAUAUGGAAAAUUUUCUAUCUGUGAGAAAAGUUGGCGUAAGAUUAUCACUAAAGACAAGGUUUAUAAUGAAUGCAUCAAGCAAAUUUUUCACUUUGAUGAAGAUAAUGAAAGAACUAUCAAGAAAUAUAUUUUGAAAAGUAUGGGGAAGUCUUGGAAGGAAGCAAGGCUGAGGUUGUACAAUACUUUUUACGAGACAACAUUUUCGACUGAAGAAAACAUUGAGCAACGUCUGCCGGAAAUUGAUCGAGAGCAUUGGAGAUGGUUCCUUAACUAUCGCGCCAAAGCUGAGACAAAGAGAAGUGUAGGAAAAACACGAUUAAUUGAUCAAAGCAACUAUAUACCUACACUGGUGGUUUGAAAAGCUUUGCACGGCGGAUAGAAGAAGAGUCGGAAGAACAAGGGAGAAGAGUCGGUAGAGGAAAGUUAUGGAUCAAAGUGCACAAAAAAAAAAGAUGGCUCCUAUAUCAAUGAUGAAGCAAGAUUAAUUGGUG